CAAGACAUGUUUUCUCAUGGCACUCGCUUCAGAACAGGGCUGUUUUAAUCGCUCCAAAUAUGCAACGAAGUGAGAAAUCUCGCCCGAUAUUUCUUUUCUGCUAAUUCCCUGUCACUUUUCUAGAGUUUCUCAAUGGUUGAGAGUGCUAAGUUAAUUUUUUAGGCCAAUUCUUGCCCCUUUCGUUUUAGCAUGGUGUCCACCUAACCUUAUUAUUGUGUGUGUAACUUUCAGACAGCAGCCUCCUCUCUGUGGUCUCUGUCUUGAAUUCCGGGGAAACGGGCAAUAUUGUCUUCAGUCUCAAUCCAGGCAGAACGCCAGACCACCCCAUCCUAGGGUGUAUUCUUCUCGUCUUUCGUCUUGACUCCGGAUCAUCCAUCAUGCCGUACGCCAAUCAGCCGUCAUUGAACAUCACAGAGUUGAGUGAUGAGUUGGUCAAGUUUCAAUUGGAGGACACGGACCUGAGUGUGGCCAACUCUUUGCGGCGGGUGAUGAUUGCCGAGACACCCACUAUGGCCAUUGACUGGAUUCAGUUGGAGGCCAACUCCACCGUCCUCUCGGACGAGUUCCUGGCUCAUCGUCUGGGCCUGAUCCCCUUGACCUCGGAUGAGGCUGUCGAGGCCAUGCAGUACAGUCGUGAGUGCAACUGCACGGAUUUCUGCUCCGACUGCUCGAUCGAGUUCACGUUGGACGUGAAAUGCAAUGAGGAUCAAACGCGGAACGUGACCACGGCUGAUCUCAAGUCCAGCGAUAAUCGGGUCAUCCCGGUCACGUCGCGAAAUAACGAUGACGAUGCCCAUGAUUACGGCCAAGGCACGGAAUCGGAUGAUAUCCUCAUUUGCAAAUUGAGGAAAGGCCAAGAGCUCAAGGUGCGGGCUUAUGCCAAGAAAGGCAUUGCUAAGGAGCACGCCAAGUGGAACCCCACGGCCGGUGUGUCUUUUGAAUAUGAUCCGGACAAUGCCCUGAGACACACCCUCUAUCCGAAACCGGAAGAAUGGCCUAAAUCGGAGUAUUCCGAGAUUGAUGAAAACCAAGUUGAGGCGCCGUAUGACUUUUUGGGUAAACCGAACAAGUUUUACUUUGCGGUGGAGUCCGUGGGCUCUUUGAAGCCGGAGAACGUAGUGCUCAUGGGUACGAAUAUCCUCAAGAAGAAAUUGAGUGACCUCCAGACGGAACUCAGCCAAGUGUUGCAGAGUGACGCUCUCACUAUCAACUAAGUAUUAAGCGUCAAUCUGCGCCGCUUCAUCAUCAUGUCAUGGCCAAUAAAUUCCAGGAUUAAUAAAUAGGGUAGACAUUAUGA